CUCUCCUCGUGUCCAAAAGUCACGGAUGACGCGAGCGUCGGACACACGCACAGCACACUUCACUGCGUCUCACCUGGAAGACCUGGAAGACUUUCUGCAAAGCCGCCGCUGCAGCUGCUGAGUGAUCUGUGCAGGAGAGGAGUCAGAUUGAGUGCUCAGGUUCGCAGUCCAAAGUCAAACCAAGCUGAACCCAACCCUGAGUCUUCUGUGGCCCUCCAAUCUGAGCUGGUGUCAACAUGGCCUCGGGACGGGGAGAUCUUCCAGCGCUUGAGUCAGGCCCGUUCUCCUCACUCUUCGGCACCUCAUCGUGUCCUCUUGGAAUGACCCGGCAACAUAUCAGCUAUGACGAGCUAAUGGACACCCCCAUGCAUUCACCACCCCCAGACAUGAGUGUCAACAUCUUGUGGAAAGACCCAGUCAUCCCACAGCACAAGUUCAGGAACACAGCAGAGGGAAGUGAGACUGGUGGGAAGAUGGUGACGUUUGAGGCGUCCGUGCCGGUCAAGUCCCCAGUGCCUGUGGUGAGAGCCAAAGCCACGUCUUUAAUGAGCUCACUCAUGAUAAAGCAAAGCCAGGAGAACUUCCAGAGGUUUGAGCACCAGGCAGGGCUGACAGACACCGGGUACACCCCCCACAAAGGCCUCUCCUCUGAGGAGACCCGCUUUCACCGACUGGGUGACGGCACACUGCCAAAGUUGAGGAUGCCAAGUGGGGACUUCAAAGAGGACAGGCUAACAACAUCAGCACAAUCCACCCCAAGUUGUACCCCAAGUUGUACCCCUUCUGUCACCCCCAGCGUCACCCCCUGCGUCACCCCCUGCGUUAGUCCCCACUCAUCACCGGCUGUCAAUCGCAGGAACUGGCUACAGCUCGGUCCUGCACCUUUUCUUACCACCCCAGAUCACAGUCCAACCCUAAGCACAGACAUGGGAGGAAAUGAAGGAGGUGGAGAUAAGUGGAGCUUCUUUGGAACUCGGUCGGUGGUGCAGAAGUCCCCCACUGACCCCGGCUCUGACACCAGCAAAGGCUUCUCACUGCAGUCGUACUUCGGCCUGCAGAAGUCCACCACCAUGGAUGGCACCAACCUCAAGGUGCAGGACCCUGCCAACUUCCUGCCCCCCAAGAUCGAUAUCUCGGGCAUCGAGGCCAAGCAGAUGCCCCAACGGCCACACAAACUCAAACCUCGGGACAUGAAUGUUUUAACACCUUCGGGCUUCUGAAGCCGCACUAGCUGUGCUGUUACACCUCUGUACCACAUACUCAGCAUUGCCCCCUUCUGUCUAAUUGCUUACCUGCCUUCCUCUGUCCCCUCAUGCUCACUGCAAAUUCAAAUGCUGAGACAGAUGAGGACCACCCGUAGUAUUAGCCCACUAGCCCCAGAGACAUUGCCGCACUGUUACUGCUCCGAGCGGACGUAUUGCCAUCAGUCCACGCCAUCAUCCCCUCCUUAUCUCUUCCACCUCAUUGGUCCAAUUAAAACACCAAAUUAAGUAAUUUUAUUUGUUAUCCCCUAAAGAUGUUACUGCUUUGGAUUAAUAUUAUUGUUGUUGUUCUGUCACGUAAUGGGUGCACUGGCAUGCAUUGCCCUGCUGACCUCAUUCCAUUGUCGGAUGUGGCAUGAGAAUGGAGUCAUUGAAGUAUCUUUAUCAGUCUCUUGCUUCGGCUGAUCACUUUAGCGUUGCCUCUCAUGCUAACACGGACCAGCUAUUUCAAUUUCUAAAGCUCUGCUGCCUCAUUUGUACAUUUUUAUUUCAUUUUAAAUAGGCCAGAUUGUAAUUGUGUAGUGAUUCUGUCUGUUAGCAAGCAGAGUAUAGUGUGGUAUGACUGAUAUUGUGCCUAAACUUGCGGUGUGUAUGAUUUUGGCUUUCUUACAGAUAUGAGUUUAGCUUUUGUUUUUGCAUCACAUGUAAGAGUGUCUUAUUUUACUUUGACAGUACGACUGCUGACCUGACGUGAUUAGUUUUUACUAUUGUCAUUAAUUCAACUUAUUUUCACAUUGAUCUGCUUUAAUUAAACAUUGUUCAUUCAUUCAUUCAUUCUUAAUAGUAGAUGAUGCAUAAGAUUUAUAUUUUACACAUGGCACCGCAAUUUUGUUUCAACAUGCUUGAAGUGGCCAUUUUCAAUUUUGUGUCUGUGCGUGCGUGUGUGUGAGUGUCUGUGUGCCACAAUCCAUGAAUCCCAGCUGUUUUAUUUGAAAGAGUUGAUGAGUUCCAGUAAUUGCACAAAGGAGGUUUUAUCCUUCUCACAUCUGUAAAUAAAUCUGAUAGCAACGAGCAAAAA